ACAUAAGCCUACAUAUAACAUUUGUAUAAAUAACCUAGAUCCAACAAAAUUUUGAAAAUGAUAUGAUCAAUAGCGACUUAACCCCAGAAAUAAACUAUUUGCUUCGCAAACAAGGAAUACACCUUUUAUUAAAUUGGCUAUAAAUACUAUGGCUUCAGCUAGGCAAAAGCACAAUAGUCCCAACACCCGAAGAAUCCACUAAAGAUGCGCUCGCAGCUUGUUAUAUUCCUUGCCAUAGUGGCCUUCGCUUCGACUUCCUGGGCCGCUGAUCCUGCCACGGAUCCGGCUACUGAUCCUGCCACCGAUCCUGCCACGCCCUCUACUCCUACACCCACGACACCCACCUCGCCCACCACUCCCACUUCGCCGUCGGGAUCUGGAAGCAGCACCACCGCAGCCACCACCGUGACUGCCACCACCGUGGCUCCCACAACUGUGGCUCCCACCACCAAGGCACCAAGUAAGAAGACGGCUACCGUUGUCCACUACAAGAAAAAAACCAAAAGGCCAAAGAGGCGCCACACGAUUCGCCGCUCACGCGGAGGCAAUGGCGGCAGCCGCAAGAAGGGAUCCCGACGAAACUAAAGUAGAAACCCAAUUUCGAAUAACCCAGACAUAACAGAUUUGGCCAGACAACUUCCGACCUUUACUCCCGUGUUUUUCUCUUUCUAUUAUUCUUAUUUUUAUAUUACCCGCAAAAUUAAAUAACCAUAUAUAAUAUGAUAUGAGUCGUUGGAUGAUUUUUGGUACACGUUUCGCUCAAGCAAACAAUUUGCGAUUGAAUGUUCGAGGUUGUUUAAACAACAAAUGAACCAUAUUUUUGAUGCGCGCUAUAUUGAACAUGAGUAAAUAGAUUUAAUGUGCUAUUGAAUCGAAAUCAUAACAGACUGAAUUAGAUGUUCGACUCAAAUCCUCCUUAUGUAUAUCUACUUUAGAAUCGACAUUCGGUUUAUGUAAGGCACAUAACACUUUAUAACUCACCCACGGAGUCCUCGAAAUUAAACUUGACAGGAUUCUCGGCCCGCAGUCGCUUGGCAAUCUUGCGCCGCUGCAGAGGCACCACCACCAACUGCGUAAGCAAGGCCACCAGCAAAGAGAGACCAAAACUGGCGGUCAGUGCUAUCCAAGUGGGUAUGUUGUCCAUGUAGAGCAGCUUGGGGCCGUCCAACACCACACUGAUAACGUUGAUGAAGAACGUUACACCGUAGAAGAUGGGCAGCGAUCGAAAUCCGGCCUUGAGCGGCUCCUGGGCGCGUAGGAUGAAGCGACGUAUGGCCAGGAAGAGCAGGAUGCUCACAACUCCGCUCAGCACCGGUGAGAUGAACCACGAUCCGACGAUUGUGCCCAAGGUGGACCACUUCAGGCCCUGAACGCCGCGUGCCACCAGUGAAAAUCCAAUCGUAGAGCCCACGAUACUGUGCGUUCCCGAGAU